CCAGAGAGACCUCGGUGUUCAGAGAGGACCCUAGGCUACCUUGGGCCCGGCGGGGCGGAUGGCGACUAUCAAAAAGAAAUAGGAUCAUGGCAGCAGAUGAUGACAAUGGUGAUGGAACAAGUUUAUUUGAUGUCUUUUCUGCUUCUCCUCUUAAAAAUAAUGAUGAAGGUUCUUUGGACAUAUAUGCUGGGUUGGACAGUGCUGUUUCUGACAGUGCUACCAAAUCGUCUGUACCAUCCAGAAAUUGUUUGGAUUUAUAUGAAGAAAUCCUGACUGAAGAAGGAACUGCAAAGGAGGCAACAUAUAAUGAUUUGCAGGUAGAAUAUGGAAAAUGUCAGCUGCAAAUGAAAGAGCUGAUGAAAAAGUUUAAGGAAAUACAAACACAGAAUUUCAGCUUAAAAAAUGAAAACCAAUCUCUUAAGAAAAACAUCUCAGCACUUAUCAAAACUGCCAGAGUGGAAAUAAACCGCAAAGAUGAAGAAAUAAAUAAUCUUCACCAAAGAUUGUCUGAGUUUCCACAUCUUCGAAAUACUCAUAAAACUUCAAGGAUACCAGAUAUAGUUAAAACAAAAGGUCUUAAAUCCAGAUCUCUCCAUUUGGAUGAUUGUUCAAAGACUGAUCACAGAGUGAAAAGUGAUGUUUCUAAAGAUGUACAUUAUAGCACUUCACUGCCAUACCUCGAAAAGGAAGGAAAAUCACAUUUUGAAAAAAAGGGCACUUCACAUUUGCCUACACCUAUUGAAAAACACUCCACCAAUGGCAUUUGGUCACGUUCCCAUUAUCAGGUUGGUGAGGGUAGUUCCAAUGAGGAUCACAGAAGAGGGAGGAAAGAUAGUAGACAUAACCAGUACUGCAGAGUGACUGACAGAAUACGAAAAGACUUGAACACUAGCUGUGGUGAUGGUGAACCGAGGAACAUAGAGGCCAGUCAGAGGCUACAAGGACGUCCUGAGAGAUAUAGUAAAGGUGAACCAAAGGCUGAAAGCAAAAAUUCAAAGUUUAAAAGUAACACAGAUUUGGAUUAUAAAAAUGAACACAGUAGCUCUUCUUGGGAGAAAGAAAGCUCUAGAGACAGGUCACACACUCGACUAGAAUCUCAAAGUGACAAAAAACUCGAAAGACAAAGUGAAAGAUCACAAAAUAUAAAUAGAAAAGAACUUAAAUCACAAGACAAAGAAGAAAGGAAAGUUGAUCAAAAACCUAAAUCAGUAGUAAAAGACCAGGAUCAUUGGAAAAGAUCUGAACGAGCAUUGCUUCCUUAUUCCAAGAAGGAACUAGCGAAAUCUUCUCAUAAUUCAAGUAAAUACCAUCCAGAAGAGAGAAGAGGCCGGGAAGAUUGUAAAAGAGACAGGGCUGUAAGUAAUCAUAGUUUUCAAGAAGGAAGAUGUCCGUCCUCUCUUUCAACCAAUAGAACUCACAAACACGUCGACUCCAAGGAAGUUGAUGCUGUGCACCAAUGGGAAAAUGCACCUUUAAGGGUAGAAAGGCAUAGAACUGAAGAUAAGCGGAAAAGAGAACAAGAGGGCAAAGAAGAAAAUAGGCAUAUGAGAAAUGAAAAAAGAGUACCUGCAGAACAUCUGCAGAAGACAAACAAAGAGACUAAGAAAACCGCUACAGAUUUAAAGAGACAGAAUGAGCCAAAAAACGGUAACGGUGAAGUCUCUAAUAAUGAUGUUUCUGAAGGAGUGGAUAAUAAAGAGCCAGCAGUUAAAGCUGAGAAUGGUUCAAAUGAAACACAAAACAAAGACUUAAAGUUAAGCUUUAUGGAAAAAUUGAACUUAACUCUUUCUCCUGCUAAAAAGCAGCCUGUUUCUCAGGAAAAUCAGCAUAAAAUAACCGAUACUCCCAAAUCUAGUGACAUAUGUGACUUGGAGUCCUUGGUGCAGGCUAAAACUGUGACAUGUAUUCCCUCUGUCAGUGAACAUACCACAGAGGAAACCAAAUCAGAGUUAUUGGAACCAAAGGAUGCUCUUACAGCAGCAUCUAAACCCAGAACCAGUGUUUCAGAAAGGAAAAUAGAAGAAGAAAAUAGUUUGUUCAUUAAAUCUGUUGCGAAUACUGUGCAUUGUGAAAUGCCCAUUUGUGGCACAGAGAUUUCCUUCUCAGCAUCUGUGGAAAUGCAACAAACAGAAUCCUUGUUUCCAUCAUCAACAGAAAUGGAACAGACCAUUAAUGGGGCCAGGGCAGCAGUUCCUGUGGUAAUGGACACAGUACAAACAAAUGUUUCUCAAAACUUUGGUUUGGAAUUGGAUACCAAAAGAAACGAUGACUUAAAUUCUUGUAGUAUUUCUGAAGAUACAGAAAUGAAGGAGGCUUUUUCAACCAAAGUGACCAAAUCCAAUGAAAGCAUUUUGCAGCCUUCAAUUGAAGAAGCUGGCAUUUUGCCAACAGUCCUUUCAGAAGAUGGUAAACCAAACCUUGAGCCUUCUCUUGUAGAUGCACCACUGGUUGAGAGUAAGUCUUGUCACUUGGAGCCUUGCUUACCUAAAGAGACUCCAGAAUCUUCACUUCAGCAGACUCAGUUAACGGACCACAGAAUGGAAACUGGUGAAGCAAACUCAGUAUAUCAUGAUGAUGAGAACUCAGUUCUGAGCAUUGACCUUAAUCAGCUGAGACCUAUUCCAGAAGCCAUCAGUCCUCUGAAUAGUCCCGUGAGACCUGUAGCAAAAGUUCUUAGACUGGAAAGGUCAUCUCGAGUUCCAUUAUAUAAUAACAGUCAUAAAGAUGUGUUUCCACCAAAUUCAGCUCAUUCUACCUCCAAGAGUCAGUCUGAUCUCAAUAAGGAAAAUCAAAAGCCAAUUUGCAAAUCUGACAAAUUUACAGAAGCAGACUCCCACAAGAAUUCAUCUUUAGAUGAAUUAGAAGAAGGAGAAAUUAUAAGCGACAGUGAAAAAUCUGAACCACAAAAGCGUUUUGACAAAAGUACCAACCCAAGAGCUUCUGCUGAAGUGCAGAACACAAAAACUAGCCCAGGAAGUAGGAAAAGCACUGUGCAUUUGGAUAAAGACAAUAGGAAGAUAUCUUCUAUAAAAAUCCAUCAGACCAAAAGCAAAUGGAAUAAAAGACGAACUGAAUCUAGCAGAUCUUCAAAAACAGAGAAGAAAGAUAGGUCAGUGAGCACUUCCAGCCUGGAAAAAAUAGUUCCGAUUAUUGCUGCACCCUCUUCUGUCCGAGAGGUUGUGCACAUGUUACGAAUGAUAAGAAAACAUGUAAGGAAAAAUUAUAUGAAAUUCAAGGUAAAAUUUUCAUUAAUACAGUUUCAUAGAAUUAUUGAGUCAGCAAUUUUGAGUUUUACAUCACUAAUUAAACACCUUGACUUAUCCAAAAUCUCUAAGUCAGUGACUACUUUACAGAAGAAUCUCUGUGAUGUUAUAGAAUCCAAACUUAAGCAAGUUAAAAAGAAUGGCAUCGUGGAUCGUUUAUUUGAACAGCAGCUACCAGAUAUGAAAAAAAAAUUGUGGAAAUUUGUAGAUGAACAACUUGAUUAUUUGUUUACAAAGCUUAAGAAAAUCUUAGUAAAGUUUUGUGACUCCAUAAACAUUGGCAGUGACAGUGACGAAGGAAAACUUGAAAAGCUAAAUAAAGAGAAAGCACAAUAUUCAAAUUGUCAGAAGGGGAAUGUAGGCAGCUCCAGCAAAGAAAUGUUGAAGGAGAAAUCCCCCAAAUCAGAAGAUUCUGGUUACUCUAAGUCUUUAGUAGGUUGUAAAAAAUCUGAGGAAAAACAUCAAGAGCAAAAUAAUUCCAGUAUUAACACAGUAAAGCACAACAUUAAAAAAAGUACUAACACUUGCUUUGAUAAUAUUAAGAACCCUCAAUUUGAAGAGCCUUCCUUGGAACCAAACUGCCCGAGCACCCCAAAGGCAGGAAAAAUGGAAGGCAGCACCAUAGAGGAUGCACCGGCAUCCCAGCACGCUGCUUUGAAGCCAGAACGCAGUUUUGAGAUUCUUACUGAGCAGCAAGCAUCUAGCCUUACUUUUAAUUUAGUGAGUGAUGCACAGAUGGGAGAAAUAUUUAAAAGUUUGUUGCAAGGUUCUGAUCUUUUGGACAACAGUGUUAACUGUAACGAAAAAAGUGAGUGGGAGUUAAAGAUACAAGGGAAACAGAUGGUAGAGAGUCUUAAAUGUGAAUCUCUACCAGCUUGUACAACGGAAGAGCUUGUUUCAGGGGUGGUUUCUCCCUGUCCUAAGAUGAUUAGUGAUGAUAAUUGGUCAUUAUUGUCAUCUGAGAAAGGUCCGUCUCUGUCUUCAGGGCUUUCAUUGCCAGUUCAUCCUGAUGUGUUGGAUGAAAAUUGUAUGUUUGAAGUGUCCACUAACAUAGCUUUGAGUAAAGAUAAUGUAUGUAGUUCAGAAAAGAGCAAGCCCUGUGUUUCCUCCAUACUUGCUGAAGAUCUAGCAGUCUCUUUAACAGUACCAUCACCUCUGAAGUCAGAUGGUCAUCUCAGUUUCUUAAAGUCAGAUGCUUCGUCUAAUUCAACGCCCGAAGAAGUUAUUAGUGCCCAUUUUAGUGAAGAUGCCUUACUUGAGGAAGAGGAUGCAUCUGAACAGGACAUUCAUUUAGCCCUGGAGUCUGAUAAUUCAAGCAGUAAAUCAAGUUGUUCUUCAUCAUGGACAAGCCGGUCUGUUGCUCCAGGCUUUCAGUACCACCCUAAUCUACCCAUGCACGCUGUCAUAAUGGAAAAGUCCAACGAUCAUUUCAUUGUGAAAAUACGCCGUGCGGCACCAUCUACCUCCCCUAGUCAUAAACAGAAUAUGGUAGCUGAUGAAUCUUUGCCAAGAGUGGAAAAGGAAGCUGAUGAAGCAGUGGAGAAAGAAUAUAUUUCAUGUCAGUACAGAGUUUUUAAAUCUGUGGAGGAAUUGAAAAUUUCCAGUAAAAAUGUUGAUAGCAGUAAAUCAGUUCAUGAAGAACAGGACUGUAUGAUACAAACAGAGGUUCCCGAUAUAUAUGAAUUUCUUAAAGAUGCUUCAGGUAAAGUGGUUCAUAGUACUGAAGUAGCUGAGGAAUAUUUCAAGUUGCAUCAAGUAUGGGAACCAAAAAUACCUGAAAGCGUUGAAGAAUUGCCUCCAAUGGAAGAAAUUCCACAUUCUGUUGAGGAUCAUCUUCGAAACACAUAUAUAGACCUCACAAAAGAUCCAGUCACCGAGACCAAAAAGUUGGGGGAAUUCGUAGAAGUAGCAGUUUUAAAUAUUGAGCAGUUGGGAUGUUCUGGAAGCAGUGUGGAUCAAAACGCUCCAGUAUUAGACAAUAUGCAGCCUGAUACUGUAGAUGCUUUUAUUGAUUUGACACAAGAUGUUUCAAGUGACAGUAAAAAUGAAGGUAACCAUCCUGCUUUAGCUGUUGAAGACUUGGGGUGUCAGGUGAUAUGUGUAGAUGAAGAUAACUCAAAGGAAGAAAAGGUGCAAGUGGCAAACAGGCCUUUGGAAUGCGUUGUUGAGGAAGGCUGUAUCGAUUUAACCUCGGAAUCUCCCAGUUCGGGUGAAGUGAAAAAGGUUGAUUUAAAAUCAGAGUUGGCAUCAAAUUCUGAUAGUUCAGAGUUGCCUGGGGCUUUGGAUAAUGCGCACAAAAAGAGGAAAAAUCUUUCUGAUCUAAAUCCUUCUUCUCAGAAAAAACAGAGAAAGGAAACACACUUAACCAGUAGGGAAAAGACCAAGAAAAUUACCCAAGAUUCUGGUGAGAAUGGUGAUGCUCACCGAAAGAAAGCCAGUAAGAAAAAGGCCCCUGUAGUGACUAAAGAUCACUCGUCAUUAAACGAAAGCCCAGGGACUAAGGAUGCAUCAGCAGCAUGUGCCACUUCUCUUACAAGCCUUUCUGCAAAGAAUGUUAUUAAAAAGAAGGGAGAAAUUAUAGUUUCGUGGACAAGAAAUGAUGACCGGGAAAUUUUAUUGGAGUGUCAGAAAAAAGGGCCAUCGUUGAAAACAUUUUCUCAUUUAGCUGCCAAGUUGAAUAAAAAUCCAUAUCAGGUCUCAGAAAGAUUCCAGCAGCUAAUGAAGCUCUUUGAAAAGUCAAAAUGCAGAUAAGUUGCUGAAUUCCUUGGAGUCUUAAUUGAUAUUGCAAACUACACAGAAGCUUGGAAUUCUUCAUGUUUUUAAUGGGGAAGGAGAGGGCAGUUUUAUGACAUUUGAUUACCAGAUAAUAAUCUGCAUUUGUCAUAACUUGCUGACUCUUAAUCUCAAGCUAGCACGUUCACCUUGUUCCUGACAUCAGUCUGAUUUGCUUACCUGUUAUUGGUCACGAUAUUUAUUUUUAAACAGGUUAGAACUUGUUAUUAAGAUAAAAAGCAACAACAAAACAGUAUUGAAACCUUAGUUUUGAUAUUUCAAAGAAAUGACUUUCUUCUCUAGAUUUUUAAAAAUAGUUUUGUAGAAUUUUAAGCUUAACCAUUAUUUAGUUUGUUUCAUCCAUUUUUAUUUGCUUUUCUAAUUGCCUGUCCUCAUUUUGGUAAAUUGUAAAAUAAUUUAAAUAGUGUAUCUGUAAAUAUGUAUAAUUAUAAUGAUGUAAAAUACUGUGUGUAUGUGUGUGUGUGUAUGUUUGGGUGUAUACACACACAUAAAUGGCUGUACCUAGCCAAGGACUUUUUUAUUUGUAUAAAACUUUUUAUAUAAAGUUUGCUUUCUUUACCAGUAAUGUAUAAAUAAAACCAUGUAAAGUUCUGUUA